ACUCUAACCCCGCAACUCUCUAGCCCACCUGCCAUUAACCCGCCUACCACCUCAGCUACCUUCCUGACUGUAUUUACUGCAACCCUACUCUUCCUUAACACCUCCGCCUCGUCCUUGGGCGAGCGCCCGGACGGUACCAUACGCGACCCCUCCGUCGCCGCAAUCAUGGGCGUUAGUGUGACAGCUGGUGCAACAACACUGAUUGCAAUUCCUAACUCUCUACACUCGUGCUUGAGCGCGCGCAUUAGCCCUACGACCCCAUGCUUAGCCGCAGAAUACAUGUGCAUCCCCGCCGCGCCUACGUACCCUGCCACACUAGCCGUUAUCACAAUCAACCCUCCCGCGGCACCGUUCAUGCCUAGGUAGU